UGAGCGUCCUCUAUUACGCUACACUUUGAAGUUCGUUGAUCCGGAAACUGUUAAACUAAUCUAAUCGGAUGGAUUGGUAAACAAUUAAAGUGGUCUUCAGUUGACCUGUGAAAGGUUUUUUCUAAGUUAAGCAAUCAUAAAAUGACCACAGUUUGGACAGCAAGCAAUCUACGCCGACAAGAUGGACGUUACAACAGUCUAUCGAGGAGUCUAGGAUCUUUAAUGUCAAUUGUACUAGAUGAGAAUAAAUCUCCAUCAGUGUUGAUUUUUUCUAAUCAAUCACCAAGAGAGACUAAUUUACAAACAAGUGUCUCUGUUGGUGAUCGAGUCGGAGAUGAGAAUAUUUUGCCGUUAAAUGGAUUAAGUUUUCGUUCAUUACAAACAGACUCUUCUUCAUCGAUUGCAUUUGUUGGUAAAAAAAUUAAACGUGAAUAUCAAUCAGCGUUUGUAUUGCCUGAUAAACAAACAAUUGGUAUUAUUCGUCAAGAAGCGUUUAUGACUGAAGAAGGUUUAGCUCAAGUCACGCUUAGUUUAUGCGUUUCGACUCAUUUAGAUAGUUUAAAAGUUGGUAAAAGUGAAAGAAUAUGUGAUUAUCUUGAUACGGACUAUUGGGCUUCCAUUUUAUUAGCUUCCACUGAAUCUCAUGAUGCUGAACUACUAGGAUAUAUGGGACCUGAAUAUACUUCAAGAAAACCGAAUCGUUUUAACUUUGAACGUUCUGAAAGCCGACGACGUAAACGAGAAAUUGUGCUUGUUCAAGAAGAGAUUGAAGAUAGUGAUGACAAAGAUAGUGUUGGGCAAUUUGAUGGUAGCAAUAUUUUGCCUGAAAGUGUUACAGUGUACGAAAAAGUAUAUCCUAAAGGAAAGGAUGAAUGUGAUUCCCAGACACGUCGAUUAAUCCUGCAUCCUCCACCACCCCUUCCACCUCCACAGCUGCCAGAAUCACCGCUGCCUUCACCACCGAAAACUUUAAAAGUAUCUGAAAGAAAUAUUUCACCAAAACCACAACUAACUUCAAGUAGAGAUUCAUGUCAGCCAAAAGAACAAGCUCCAAUAAUUGGACGGGCUGAACCACCUGGAAAAACUAAACCAAUUGUAAGUAGUCCGAAAUCUAAAGAAAAUUUUGAAAAACUUAAACGUCAAUGGAAUAAUCGUAUUGCUCAAAUGCAAGAACACUUAGAUAAUCAGUAUCGCGAUACACCAACAUCACUACCACAAACUUAUACAGAAGGACAUCGUGGUUCUACGGUUACGUCAAUUCUCCCUACAGUAGAUAAAAGAUCUUCUGAUCCAUAUGUAAAAAGUCGAAUUUCAUCUACUGACCAAAGACUCUCCCCUGAACAAGAAUAUGAUCACCAAUCUCUUCCAGAUAGAACUUCAAUGGAUCAUGGUUCCAAUAAAGAGAAUUUUGUUUUUCACAGCUUUGAUUAUAUCAAUUCAUCAUCACCGGGUUCCGGUGAUCUAGUGGACCCGGUUACGGAACGUUGUGAAAAAGAAGCACAAUUUAUUUAUAGUCAAGCAAGACUAUUUGUUAAUCAACAAAAUAUAGGCAGAUUAAGUCCACGAAAAUUAUCAGUCGAUCGAGGUAAUCGUCAUUUGACUACAACAGAAACACGGAGUAAAGUGACCGAUGAACUUCCAGGUCAUAGACGCCAUCCUCCACCGCCUCUUUCUCCAACCUCGAAAGUAGAUAUACACUAUCCACGUGACGGGGUCGUUAGCCGACCUCGAAUUUCAGAUAGUUCUAAAGCUGGUACUCCAUUAACUCCCACCAGACAUUCAUUAAAAAAUCGUGAUGAUGAUCCAGAGAAAAGAAAACGACAACAAAAGGUAUACGACGACGAAUUCAAAAAUGCAAAUGGAGAACUAAUGCCAUUGGAUCCCAGGAAACCAACUACACAGUUUAAUUAUGGUAUACUUCAACAUCCAGAUGAAUAUAAUUAUUUAGCUGAAGCAGAAAAACAGAAACCAAUUAUAGAUUUUACAUCAGAAUUAUCUUAUGAUAGCAGUCUUUAUGGUAAAACGAGUCAAGGUUCCGCUCGAAAACAACCACCAAUUAAACAUUAUGACAAGUAUAAGGAUAAAAAACCUGACAAACCACAUCGUCAUCCACCGCCACCUCAACCUAUUGAUCAUGACCAAACAAAACGUUUAGACGAUAAACCAAGCCCAAAACCAGAUAGAAGAUCAGGUCAUGGAAUGCUUCCAGUUGAUGAAAAUUAUUAUGUAAAUGUACCUGGUUCAGGUCCACCAGAUAUUCGUCCACCAUACAAUAGACACAAGAGAUCACUGCAAGAUUUAAGUGAACGUUCCGGCCCUCAUAGUGCUUAUGAUCCUAGAUUGGGUGAUACAGUUAUUCAACCAAGUAAACCUAGAACAAGUGAUAGAAUAUCGGAUCAAAUGCCUGAUUAUUAUGAUCAAUAUACAUCGGAUGAAAGUGAUUAUGAUGAUUCAGGAGAAUCAGAUGAAGAACUUAAACCUCCAGCAUUACGUACAAUAGCUCAAACAAGGAGACGAUCUGAACCAGAACCUUCGAAUAAUUAUCCACCUGUACAAUUAAGAAAACCGUCAAAAGGACAAAAAACUGGACAGUCAAUCACAUCAAUUCGUGAUAGUCUUAUUAGUCCUGAAGUGAUGAAUGAUACAAGAGCCAUGUUUAUAUGUACUAUACUUGUGAAAGUUAGCUAAAGAUUAUCAGAACACUGAACAACUUCAUUAGUUGGUAGUAUAUAAGUAAAUCGAAUAAACACUUUUUAUAAUCGUAUAUGUUUUUUCUAAGGUUCAAAACACAGUUUAAUAAUCAGUACAAAACGUCGAACACUAAGUGGUUUAACUGGUACCCACCCAUCAAAACAUCGUUCCAGUUCAAUGAAUACUUUAUGGUUCGGUGAUCAUCCUGUACCAUCGGAACGUACACUCUCUCCAGCUACACCAGUUAGAUUAUCAAAUAUACAAAUACAAGCUCAAGCAGAACUUGAACGUCGACACAGAUCAUCUUCACAUGGACAUAGUUUAGAUAGAAAAUCUAUAUAUAGCACAGGAAUGACAGAAAGUCAUUUGUCCAAAGGUUUAAGUGAUUAUCAUCAAGGUUAUGAAGGAAUUGGUUAUGCAUAUGAUAAUCGAGGAAGAUUAAUACAUGGUGGUGCAUGUUUACCUGAACGUUCAGCUAGUCGUAAACGUCGAUUAUUAGAUGGUCAUGAAAGUUUAUCAAGAGUAUGGAUACCACAAAGUGGUGAACACUAUCCAGUUAAACAAAUAUCUGAUAAGACAGCUAGUUCGCUAAUGAAUCGUGAUGAACGACAAGCACAAUUGGAUAAUUCAGCGAUGGCAUUUGCUUUACGGGAUUUCAAUGCGCCUAAAAUUCGUAACAAUAUUGAUCAAUCUCAUUUUCUACAAAGCUGGUAUUAUGUAAUAACUUGAAAACCGCUAUAUUAGCAGUAUAUAUGUAUAGAGGGGUUGAGGUGGGGUGGGGUUGGGGUGGGGGGUUGGUGAUGAUUAUGUUAUCUAUACUAGAUUGAUAUUUUGUUUUAUAAUUUCUUAAACUGGAUUUCUCCCACCUCUCAGUGAUUACUUUUCUUAUUUUCAGUUAUUGUAAUGAAGUCAUUGAAUUUAGUUGAUAUGUAGGUUAUUUUGUUUUGUUUUUUUUUUGGUAGAAAUUGAAAUCAUUACUGGCUUUAUUGUUUCUGGCCUUUCUAUUUUUUGUUUUCUUUCUUCUCCUAAAUGUUUCAAUAACGAUUAUGUAAUAAUAAUGAUAAUGAGAUACAAAUGUAUGAAAUUUUGAUUGAGACAUUCAAUGUGUUUUACUUUUUAAGUAGUAUGUUAUGGAGCUUAGUCUUUAAAUCUUCCUAUAUAUACAUAUUAAAGUCACCUAAUAAUAUUUUGCCUAAGAUACUACUCAUAAAGUUUUUUGUUUUUCUUUUUUUUUACUGAUAUUCAAGACUGAAUGUGACUAGUGUUACGUCCUUGAUCUGUCUACCCACUUUUGUGCAGAUUAAGACCUUGACGCGAUAGGUUGACUGGCUUAACCUUGAAGCUGGUGUGUGUAAGUUUGAAGUGAGGUCAACUGAUUGGAGUAGUGAGACGAAAACUAUUCUAUCAUCUGAUUAGCUAACAAGCACGCGAGUGAGAGAAGACAAGUCAACUGGAACACUACACAAUUUAUUCCCCAUUUCGAUUCACACACUGAUUUCGUCCCGACUAACAUAACUCCAUCACGCGAAAACAAUAAGGAAACUACAAAUAUGUUAAAAACUAGGUAAUAGGGUAAAAAAAAGUAGAGUACUAAAGUGCCCCUUCCAGCCAAAUAAGUUGGUAAAGCCUAGUACGCCCUUUUGGGAGAGAAACAGGCCACAUCGAAGCACGACACAUCUACCGGGAUUAGAAUAGCUGUUUUUGCAAUCGGUUGGAGUUUUCCCUGUAGGAAGCAACCCCGUGCAUUCCAUGCACCACUUUUAUGAAUGUUUUGUCGCUUUUCGAUCCAGGAAUAAUUGUGCUGUGAUUCUUUUUGGAUUUCGUACCCAGUUUGUGGGUAUCGGUAGAGUUGGUGAUUAGCCCGACCUCUACCACCUGGGUCACCGAUCACGUUAGUUCAUGGGACUGAGUCCCACUAUCCGGGAGGCAAGAUGAGGAUGUAUGAGUCGGAUUUUGGCUCUCAGAGUAGUAAAGGUUAUAUUUGAAUUACAAAGGCAGUGAUUAUCAAAAUAAGAUUGUGACAAGAGAGGGAGACAUACACAUGUUUUGGUAAUGGACAAUAACAUCCAACAUAAUACAUUUUAGGCGAUUUCCCUAAUAAUUGAUUUUUUAUCUGAAGUGUUAAAAUCAUCUUGACAUGACUACCAUAAGUUAUAGAGUUUAAUUGACAUAACUAGAUGCAUUCUCUUCUAGCCUGGUAUUUCUGGUUUGACCUUCUUACUUGAAGAAACGUAAUCAAUCAAUCAAUCCAUUUCAUCAAUGUAUUAAUUGAACAUGUGAAAAUCUCCCACUAUGAUUCAUAAACAAUUGAGACAAAUUUUCAAGCAGUUCUUUUGACAAUCAUAAAACAGGCUUGUAAAUGAAUAGUUUGUAGGAAAGAAAGGUAAUGUUCACUUCACUUACUUAAUUACUUACGCCUAUUACCCCCAAUGUAGCAUAGACCGCCCACCAGCAUUCUCCAACCCACUCUGUCCUGGACCUUACUUUCUAGUUCUAUUCAGUUCUUAUCCAUUCUUCUCAUGUCUGUCCACAUUUCUCGGUGUAAUGUGUACUUCGGUUUUACGCUUCUCCUUUGACCUUCAUGAUUCCACUUCCAGCACAUCUUGUUGAUUUCUUCCUCCAUUGGGAUCUGGUUUGUUCUCUCUCACAAUAGGUUGUUGCUGAUAAUGUCUGGCUUACAGAUCCGAAGUAUUUUGCGUAGACAACUGUUAAUAAACACUUGUAUCUUUUGAAUGAUGGCUUUCGUAGUUCUCCAAGUAUCCACCCGAUACAAUGGAACUAUUUUGACGUUUGUAUUGAAAAUUCUGACAUUGGUAUUGGUUGAAAGACAGCUGUUUUGAGUUCCAGAUGUUCUUUAGUUGUAAAUAUGCUGCUCUUGCUUUUCCGAUCCGCGCCUUCACAUCUGCAUCAGAUCCACUGUGUUCAUCAAUGAUGCUGCCCAGAUAUGUAAAGGUUUUUACAUCUCC